CGCCGCGCCAUGCCUCGCCCGCUCCUCCUGCAGCUCCUCCUGGGGCUCCUCUGGCGCUGCGCCGCCGCCUCCGCCUCGCAGCAGCCCCCGCCGGCGGCCUCCGCGGAGAGCCGCUGCUUCUGCCAGGUCACGGGUUAUUUGGAUGAUUGUACGUGUGAUGUUGAGACUCUUGACGCCUUCAACAACUACAAGGUUUUCCCGAGGCUGCAAACCCUUCUAGAAAGUGAUUACUUCAGAUAUUACAAGGUUAACCUAAAGAAGAGUUGCCCUUUUUGGAAUGUCAACAGUCACUGUGGAAUCAGAGAUUGUGCGGUUCAGCCAUGCCAGUCUGACGAGGUCCCUGAUGGAAUUAGAUCAGCAAGUUACAAGUAUUCAGAAGAAGCCAACGCCUCUGCUAAGGACUGUGAGGAAGCGGAGAGACUUGGAGCUGUGGAUGAAUCUUUAAGUGAGGAAACAGUGGAGGCCGUGCGGCAGUGGACGCGGCAUGACGAUUCUGCGGACAGCUUUUGUGAAGUCGAUGAUAUCCAGUCCCCCGAGGCUGAGUACGUAGACCUGCUUCUCAACCCAGAGCGCUACACCGGCUACAAAGGGCCCGAUGCCUGGAAGAUCUGGAACAGUAUUUACGAAGAAAACUGUUUCAAACCACACUCUGUACAGAGGCCUUUAAAUCCCCUUGCUACUGGCAGAGGAGAAAAUGAAGGGAACCUGUUUUAUAGCUGGUUGGAAGGCCUCUGUGUGGAGAAGCGGGCUUUCUACAAGCUCAUCUCCGGUCUCCAUUCAAGCAUCAACAUCCAUCUCAGCGCCAGGUAUCUGCUACAAGACACUUGGUCAAAGAAGCAGUGGGGUCACAACGUGACCGAGUUUCAGCAGCGGUUCGAUGAAGUCCUGACGCAAGGGGAGGGUCCCAGGAGACUCAAGAACCUCUAUUUUAUCUUCCUGAUCGAGCUGAGGGCCCUGUCCAAGGUCUUGCCUUUCUUCGAGCGCCCGGAUUUUCAGCUGUUCACUGGCAACAAAGAACGAGAUGGCGAAAUCAAGAGUCUCCUGUUGGAGAUACUCCAUUUAACCAAAUCUUUCCCUCUGCACUUCGAUGAAAAUUCAUUUUUUGUUGGAAAACAGAGAGAAGCAGCCAAGUUAAAGGAGGAGUUCAGGCUCCAUUUUAGGAACAUUUCAAGGAUUAUGGACUGCGUGGGAUGUAUCAAAUGUCGCCUUUGGGGGAAACUGCAAACUCAGGGAUUGGGAACGGCACUGAAGAUUCUGUUUUCUGAAAGCCAAAUAGAAAACAUGCCAGAGAGAGGCCCUUCACCCACGUUCCAUCUAACGAGACAGGAAAUCGUGUCCCUCUUCAAUGCCUUUGGAAGGAUUUCAACAAGCAUUAAAGAGCUAGACAACUUCCGCAACUUCUUACAAACUCUGCCGUGAGGCGGCUUCGGAGGAAGACCGGCGGCUUUGUUCUCUGUGGGAGGAACCUCGGAGCCGUUUGUGCUGAUGCAACCCACAGGGACCCUCCGUCCAUUCUCUGCAAGAUUCGCAGGGGACUGCCGCAUGGAACAUUAGCAGAAAGCAAGAGUGCAAAGGAUCUCCUACCAGUUUAGGGCUUUGUUGAACUGCUGUUUUACAAACUAAAGAGGUGUCUUGGCUGGAUCAAAGCAGAGAUUGCCGGUGCCCCCCUGGCAGACCACGCUCCAUCUUCUGCUCACCCUCUGUUCUAGGAGGUGCUGGGGGGGGCAUAGCUGUCCUGGAGGGGCUUCCGAUUGCUUCUUUCUCCUUCUGUCAAACGCCCAAUUUGCUUUUCGUUCAUCCUUCACUGGGAAAUACAGCUUGGAUGUAUCUUUAAGGGCAAAGAAAGCCCAGAAACCAUGAACAGGUCUAAAAUAUGGAUCUUGUAGCACCUGCU